UGUAUUUUAUCGUAUUAUGCCGAUACUGAGUCGACCGAUUCAUAGAAACACAUCGAUAAAUUCGUUGAGAAUAUUCGUCGGAAGUUUUUUCAAUCUCUACAGUUGUCAACGAAAAUGGAGCCUGCAUCUUCAAAAUCCACAGCCGAUGCCUUGGGCUCUGACUUCUUUUACGGCUGGGACUUGCUAUAUAAAACUGUAGAUGGAAUCAUAGAUAAGAAGGCGGAUGUUUUGAUGGUCCUUGCUCACUUCUUACUUACGAAGCAUUACAAAUUUCGUUGUGUUGGAAUUGGUGAUGACAAAACUUUGCCCGAGGACGAAGAUGGAAGUGAACUGAUGCCAGAUCAUUGGAACGGCGAUAAUACAAAGUACUCUCUGCGUUAUGUGCAUAAUAAAGCACUUUAUUUGUUGCUGGGACAUAUCACUGAAGAUGCCUUGAUUGUCAACCUUUUGGACAUUAAUACCAAGAAUGUGUCCAACAUUUGUAUCACGCCAGAGUCUUUGGUAGUCGAAGUAAAAGGCACUAUUGCAAAAGUAAUGCCAACUGCAACAGAUAUCGUUGAGCGAUUUCGCAAAGAACUAUGUGAUCCAGUUUUCACUGGCAACUCUCGAGAGGCAACUACUCAGACACAAACCAGCCAAUCUCCGGCUCCAACUACAGAUCCUUUGCGCAUUGGUGAGCCUAGACGUCCAGGAUCGUUUAUGCCGCACGGUUUUGAGCCACGACCAUUUGGUUUUCCCGAUGUUGGUCGCGGAGAUCUAGAUCCGUUAGGUCGCGGCCCUGGUAAUCUAUAUUCCUUCGGCCCUAAUUCAGGCUUGGCGCGUUUUGAUCCCUUCAGCCCUAUUCCACCACGCGGACCGGGUAGCAUGGGACCGAAUCCCGAUCACAUGCGUCCGCCAAAUUGGAACCCAGAUUACUACAUGUAAAAAGCACAGCCGCUCAAUGAAAAUCAAGGCUAAUCAAAUCGAUAGUUUGUAGUUUUCUUUAUUUGACUCUGAAAAUACAUUAAUAAAUCCCAUAGAAUGGAAAAAAAUG